AUGUCUACUUCGAACAAGCCUCUCGCUCUCAUCAUCGGCGCCAGCGGACUGACGGGUGAAACUAUCACCGGAGCCAUGCUCAAGGCUGGCGACUUCCGUCUCGCCGCUCUCAUUCGCCCUGCGUCCAUGGCGAAGUCGUCCACCGAGGCCCUCCGUGCGCAGGGCAUAGAGAUUCGUGCCGGCGACGUCACCUGCGACGCCAAAGAGCUCAAGGACGCGCUUCAUGGCGUCCACACCGUCGUCAGCGCCGUCGCCUUCUGGCACCUCCUCGACCAGAAGAACGUCAUCCGCGCCGCGAAGGAGGCCGGUGUGCAGCGCAUCGUGCCCUGUGACUUCGGCACCCCCGGCGCACGCGGCAUUCGCGAGCUCCUCGACAUAAAAUACGAGAUCCACGAUUUCAUCGAGGAGCUCGGCGUGCCCCACACUUACAUCGAGGUCGGCUGGUGGGCGGAGUUCUUCAUCCCGGUGCCCUCGCGGAGCGGAAUCCCCGAGGCACUCAAGGCGAACUCUAACGUCAUGUAUGGCGACGGCUCGAGGAAGAACCUGGUGACAAACCCCGCGCACAUCGGGCUCUGGGUUGCGCGCAUUGUCGCCGACCCGCGUACGAUCAACCAGAAGGUGGUCGUCUGGGACGACGAGGUGACGCAAACGGAGGCGUUCGCGAUCGCCGGACGCAUCUCGGGUGAUGCGGAGGCCUUGGAAGCGUCGCGCACGAAGGUGACGCUCGAGGAGCUGCGGAAGGCCCAGACGGACGCCGACGCGGCACUGAAGGAAGACCCGACGGCGACCGCGCACAAGGUCACGUACAGCCUCAUGGACUACAACUACAGCAUUCACUUCGCUCAGGAGAGCACGCUUCAGAAUGCGAAGAAGCUCGGACACCUCGAUGCGCAUGAGCUCUACCCCGAUCUCGUACAACGGAAGUUCGAGGAGUUUGCGACAGAGUUUUAUGCGCAGAAGGAGCCUGGGGACUUCCUGAUCGACAUGCUCGAGGGCUAUGGGUGGAAGAUUAGAAACACGCAGUAG